AUGAGGUUCUUCAAGAAGCACGGAUUAAUGCACUUCGACUAUGGGUAUUUAGCAAUAUUUGUUUGUCUCCGAUACAAGUGUUUGCAUCUGGAGGCAGAAAUUAGUGAUUAUCUUACUUCAAACUCAGACACGGUUUGCAAUUUUGCAGCAAAUGAGGGAAUACAAUUUAAAUUCCAGCCGGCAUAUGCUCCUCACUUUGGUGGUUUGUGGGAAGCAGGAGUCAAAUCGGCCAAAUUUCACCUCAAUCGUAUAUUAGGUAACGCUCAUUUAACAUAUGAAGAAUUGGCAAGUCUCUUUAGUUAUGUGGAAUCUAUCCUUAACAGUCGUCCUUUAUGUCCUUUAUCGUCCUCACCAAACGAUUUCCAACCCUUAACCCCAGGUCACUUCAUCAUCGGCCGCGCGCUCACUUCGUUGCCGUCGCCCCACCUCGCGGAUAUAAACCCAAACCGUUUAGAUAGGUUUCAGAGGCUCGAGGCAUUAAGACAGCACUUCUGGCGACGCUGGCAAAUGGAAUAUGUCUGCGAGCUCCAGCAACGGACUAAAUGGCGUGUUCCAGGACGAGCUCUUCAACUGGGUGACCUGGUCCUAAUCAAGGAAGAGAAUACUCCCCCAAUGCACUGGCGGCUCGGACGAAUCGCCAAAUUGUUUCCUGGCGCUGACGGGAUUUCGCGAGUAGCCGAAGUUGCUACUGGAACGGGCACCUACAAACGAGGUGUGAAAUACCUCUGCCCUCUGCUGGACGAGACCCAUGAAGCCUUGAAGGCUGACGCCUCCAAGGGCCCCCAGGAUGUUGCGGCUCCUACCAAUGGAGGGGAAGUGGGGAACAUACACCGCUAAACCAGUUGGCCCAUCUACCGCUCCCCCCGCCGCAUAUAG